CCUAUUUAAAAUUGACAUUGACAAGCAGCAGAAGACGAUGGUAAUGGAAUGGUAGGUGCUUUUAGUGCUAAUGAAUGUGAACUGUGACUGUGACUGUAAACGUGAAGUGUGUACUUCUAUUUAGUGAAGUGUAAGUGUAAGUGACUGAGUAAAUACUGUGUAAGAUAGUUAGUUGUACAUCCAUCUAAAUCAGACAUCUACAAAAUUAUUUUGGUGAUAACAGCUGGUUCAUUGGUAAUGAAUAAGAAUGUCUGUUGUUGACGUUAUCAAACAUUAUCAACGUAGUAUUGAAAAAUAUACAAAUGAUGAGAAACGGAUUUUAUAUUGUAUUGGAAAACUUGAAAAAUUACCAAUCAAAGUGAAUGAUUUACAAGAUACGGGUGUGGGAAGAACUAUUAAUUCAUUACGAAAAUAUGAAGGAGCGGUUGGGCAUGCGGCACGCACUUUAGUUGCUAAAUGGAAAGAAAUGGUUGCUGCUGAAUCAAGUCAUUCAGAAGCAGAAGCUGAACCAGAACCAGAACCAGAACCAGAUGUUGAUAGUGAUGUGGAUCAAAUCGUUAUUGACGAACAUGGUUAUGAUAAUGAUAAUGAUGAUUACAAUAAUGAUAAUAAUGAUGAAUAUGUACCAACAACUAAUAAUUAUCAACAAGAACAACAUAAAAAACAAAAACAUAAUGAUAAUGAUAAUGAUAAUGAAUAUAAACCAACAUCUAUUAUAAAAGAUGAUCAUGAACAUCAUAAAAGUGAUAAAUCAAAACAUCAUCGUAGUAGUAGUAGUAAACAUAAUGAUAAUGAUAAUGAUGAAAGUGAUAAUAAAAAGAAAUCAUCAUCAUCAUCAUCAUCAUCAAAAAGAAAAACAACAACAAAAUUAGAUAGACAUGAUAAUAGUAAUUCUCAUACAAAUGAUGAACAUAAACAUAAUAAACAUAAAAAGAAAAGUCAUAAAAAUGAUAAAGAUAAAGAUAAAGAACAUAAAAUUUUAAAUAAUAUGAAUGAUAAUGAAUUAAGUGAUAAUGAUAAUGAUUUAAAUCAAAUGAUAAAUGAUAAUGAUUCAGAUCAUUAUAAUGAUAAUGAUGGUAUUAAUUUUACAAGUGGUAAAUCAUUUGCUGAUGCAUUAGGAGGUCAUGAUGAUAUGUUAACAGUUUUAACAUCAUCACCAACUAAAAAGAAAAUCAAAUUAUUAAAUAAUGGUACUACAAGUACUACAAGUACAAGUAAUACAAGUUGUCAUUCACCAAAAUUAAAAUCAUCAACAAGUAGUAAAAGUCAUCAAAAUAAAUCAUCAAAGAAUGAUAAUAAUAAUAAAACAACAACAACAACAACACCAGAUUUAUUAUCACCAAAUAUAAAAUUACCAUCAUUAAAUUUAGAUAUAACUUUACCACCAAUAACACCAAACUAUCAACCAUUACCAACAACACAACAACAACAAGUGUUACCAUUAAAUAAACAUAAUAAUAUGAAUAAUAGUACAAUUGAUUUAAGUUUUGUAAUAACAUCACAAAAGAAUCGUACUAAAGUUUAUAGUGGUAAUAAAAAUACAACUUUAUUUACACAAGUACCAACUUUAUACGAGUUAUGUAUACGAAUCUUACAAGAUAACAUUGAUGCACUAGCUUAUACUGGUGGUGUACCAUAUAUGAUCUUAUUACCAAUCUUAGAACGAUGUACACCAGAUCAAUUGUUUGUAUUAGAACAUUAUAAUGCAUAUCUAUUAGAAGAUACCGAUCCAUUAUGGGAGCAACAUUGUAAAACACAUUUUAAAGCACAAAUGUGCAAGCGUGAAGAGUUUGAAUCAUGGCGAGAUGCUUAUCAACGUUUUAUGAUUGAACGUGAUCAUAAAUUAAAAUUAUUAACACAAAAUAUUAAACAAUCAAUACAUGAGAAGUUACAACCGAUCAGACAAACUAAAUUAGCAUAUGUUGAUACUAAUUUUAUAAAACCACCAAGAUCUAUAGCAAGGAAACAGGCUAAAUAUGGUACAGCCAGUAGUACAGGCAAUACAAACUUUAAUGCUAAACCAUUUGUAACACCUGCGUCAAGAGUUGCAGCGGUUAAUAGUAGUACAUCAUCAUCGUCUUCAACAGCUCUCAUUAAUAAUAGAUCAACUUCUGCAUCUGGUGCAUCAUCUUCAAUGUCAUCAUCAAAACCUAAAAAAGCACCAUUAAUGCAAAAAACAUUAGCGUUAAUCAAAAGUACGAAUCGUUAUAGAAGAUAA